AUGGAGAACAUCGAGUUAUCCGCGAAGGAGAAGGCCUUGAUGCAAAUCUCGGCCACAAUACGCAAAUGGGUCAACGAGACCCUGAAGACUGACAUCCAGUGCAUCGAGGAACUGUGCUCUGGCGCGAUUUACUGCCAGCUUUUGGACCUGAUUUUCGAAAAUGUCGUGCCACUGAAGGAGGUGAUUUUCGCGACAAACGCUAUAACCGACUUCAGGAAGAACUUCGCAAUAUUGCAGGACUGCCUUCAUGUUCUGCAAAUACCAAUAGAGAUUCCAGUCGAAAAGCUCGUUUGGUGCGACUUCGAGGCCAACCUGAGGUUUGCCGCAAAUUUCUACAAGUACUUCAAGCUGCUGACCACCAAGAAUCGCAAUCGCAGACUGAGCUACGAUCCGCUGGCCGCCCGGAACUACCAAAGUUUUUCCCUGGCUCCACCGUCCUUUGUUUCGCGUGGAACGGAUGCCCAGAAUCCUGUAGAGCUGGCUUUCGCUGGCAUGAACAUCGUGGACUAUGAGGACAUCAAGGACGUCUUGGACCUCAAGGACUUCAUAGACAGCCAGCGCGUUGAGAACACCAAGGACAAUAGGGACGACAUGGAUCUUAAGGACGACGAGGACAUGGACAUGGAGGACAUCGAAGACGAAGAGGACAACGAGGGCGUCGAACGCGUCGAGGACGUUGAGGACAUCGAGCGCCUUGAGGGCGCCUAUGACAUGGACAUGGAGGACAUCAAGGUCGCAGAGGAUCUGGAGAAUAGCAACGAGGACUACAAGAUCGCGGGCUUGCUUCAGGCUGAAAAUAAGGACCAUAGUCGCCGUCUGAGUUCUAAAAGCUAUGCCAAACUCUAG